UGCUCGGAAGAGGUGGAUUUGGGAGAAGCUCGUUUUUUCUGUUAUUGUGGAUAACUCCGUACUUAGUGUUUUUGCUUCUUCGGGCAGUGAAUGGUUGGCACAGCGGGCCCAGUGAUUUCUCUGAAACAUAUGGGAGUUUCAAGAGGACGGGGGUCUGGGGUCGCCAAGGACUGAAACGCAAUCUCCCAUUUUCAGUGACUCAGCGAGCCAGUUGCACGACCAGAUCUUUCAGUUUCAGGGUUACAAGAUGACAAUGCAUCUAUCAAGUCCAUCCUCGGCGAGGCUGGGCAUUGAAACUACGCGUGACCACUGAGCCGGACCUUGAAGAUUGAAUGAGCAUGUUUGGCACGGAACCUAUUCGUCUGAAUCCCUACCUUGUAGCAACAGGUUAAGCACCUGGCCUCCCACAAAUGCUCUUAUAGCGCGCGGCUUUGACUUUUCUCUUCUCUCGCUAUUUUUCUACAUGUCUCUCACAAUGGUGGAGCACGGCGGCCUGGAUAUUAUGUGUCUGAACAAGUAUUGUCACAGUUCGUCCUCAUCGUCCAGCUCCGAGCAAGACAAGAAGAUGUUCAACAAACUAAAACUCCGUCUGUCAGGGGAGUAUCCGAGGAAGAGCGCAGAGAUCCUCAGCGCUCAGUACGGGACCAAUUUGCUGCUGAUCGGGGCGGCGUUGAUGCUGGCUAUCGCGUACCACGGCCCCUCUGUCAAGGAAGAGCACCUGCUGUCCUUCGUCACCUGCCUCAUGAUCCUCCAGCUGAUGUGGAUGAUGUGGUACAUCCUGGUGCGGGACAGACAGAAGAACACGCGGACUGAGAAAGAUGUCCACGCCACCACAUGCUGGAUAAGAGGUGGUUUGACUCUCCUUGCACUCCUUUCACUGAUCAUGGACGCUUUCCGAAUCGGGUAUUAUGUUGGCUAUCAGUCUUGUGUGUCGGCUGUGCUCGGGGUAUAUCCUGUCAUCCAUGCAACUCACACCAUAGCACAGGUGCAUUUUCUCUGGUUUCACAUCAAGGAUGUCAUCAAGAGCUUUGAAACGUUUGAGAGAUUUGGCGUAAUCCACGCAGUCUUUACCAACCUCCUUCUGUGGUGCAAUGGCGUGAUGUCAGAGGCCGAGCACUUCUUGAACAAUCAUAAGAGAAGACUCUCUGCCCUGGGCUACGGAAACCUCACCAUAGUGCACUCGGAGCCUCAUUGUAACUGCACCACCAGCACCUGCUCCAUGUUCUCCAGCAGCCUCUUCUAUCUCUAUCCCUUCAACGUCGAGUACCACAUCUUUGUCUCUGCUAUGCUGUUCGUCAUGUGGAAGAACAUCGGACGGACCAUUGAUCUUUCCUCAAACAGGAAGAGGCUGGCUACCAAAACUCAGGGCCUGACUGUGGGCCCCAUUCUGGGUCUACUUGCACUGGCCAGCACUAUUGGGAUCCUGGUGGUCUAUGUCACCCAUGUGGAGGGAUCCCUCCAAUCGCGUCAGUCAGCCAUUUCCAUGUUCUACAUUUAUGGCAUUGUCAUGCUGGUGUUUAUGUGCUCUGCCGGCGCUUCAGGUCUGCUCAUAUACCGAGCGGACCACAUGCCACUGGACACCUCCAAAAACCCAUCCAGACAGCUGGACACAGAGCUGCUGUUUGGGUCCUCCAUCGGCUCCUGGCUCAUGUCCUGGUGCAGCAUAGUGUCCGUGUUAGGCGCUGAAAGCAAUCCUCCCUAUCGCUGGACCAACCUCAUCUACUCUCUCCUGAUUGUGCUCGAGAAGUGCAUCCAGAACCUCUUCAUCGUAGAGUCCUUGUAUCGCCAGCAAGAGGAUGGCGAGAGGGAGGACCAUGAGUUACCAACUGCUCCAGAAAUCUUCUCAGUGACAUCCUCUUUGGCCCCACCGUUCAACGGCAUCAUUAACCGCGCCUAUGAGACUCCAGACAGAAGCUGUGUCAACAUGGAGAACGAGCAGGAGGAGAGCGGACAGGUGUACAGAUGUCCAAGGAAACCCUCUGAGGUGCCGUUGCCUGUGGGAAACAAUGUAAAGGAGCCCCCAAAUAUAAAGAGGCAAAUCCUGAAGAACAUUGCUGUCUUCCAGAUAAUGUGCAACAUUUCGCUGUGGAUCCUUCCUGCCUUUGGCUGCCGGCCACAGUACGACAACGGUUUGGAACAGGAGACAUUUGGCUUCAGCAUAUGGACCACAGUUCUCAAUUUCGCCAUUCCUUUGAACCUUUUCUACCGCAUGCACUCAGUCGCCUCCCUCUUCGAGGUGUUCCGCCGGGUCUGACAGAGGAGCAGAUGACUGACGACUCCAGAUAACAUGCACAAGAACACUUGUCACCACCGGCUCCCGAGAGUGUCUCACAGCGCAGGUCAGCCGUUCAGGAGGCAGUCUGGGUCACACUCCAGCAGACUUGAAAACAAGCUGCAGAGACAAACAAACUAUAGAUCCCUCAGUGUGGGGAUUACAGAGGGAGAUGAACCUAUUAGCCUACGGUCCUUGAAGACUUACCUUGUAUAAUACAAGGCUUAUUAAAAAAUGUUUAUGAAAAGGAACUUUGGUUUCAAGAAUUUCAAAAGAGCCUUUUGUGCUUAUUGUUCUGUAGUCAGAUUUCAGUGGGCUUUCCUCACUGGUUCAUCUUUUAAAAUGUAUAUGCUGCAUCUGACACGCAUAUGCUAUUAGUAGCUCAAAGUAUAUAAUAGAUACUUACAAAAUACUGCGGUAAACCAGUGUAACAUUUGCUCAUCUCAAACAUGUAAUAAGAUAAUAGUACUGUAUUCAAAAGAGCCACACUUGAGUCAUAUUUUAUCAGCAAGUGAAAUGCUGACACUGUAUAUGGACGUGGUUCUCAUUUACUUCUCUUAGUAGUUCAAGUUUCAUGGAAGAGUAUGCAACACUUGAGCUACAAAGAUAGUGGCAAUCUUACCACUAUAUUUUGAAUAAUCGUUAUGAGUUGGACUAUAGUUCUCGGCCUCUCAGUCAUUUAAGGUUCAUCAAUGUUUUUUUUUAUGUUUGCUGAUUCUCUGUUUUCUCAAGUUGAACGGUAAGUUGUUUUAAACAUUAUGUUACUAGGUAGCACUGUUUUGAGUAUGUCAGAGUCCUGUGAUCCACAUUAUAUCGAGAAGUACUAGGUGAGAUAACAAAAAAUGUUUCCAAUUCAUGUAAUGAAAAUGUUUUAUAUUGUUCAGAUCUGGUGCAUCUAUAUUGUUGGAAGUGGGAGUCUUUUAUAAGAAUAAUUCCAGGAUUAUUACUCCCAUAGAAAGAUUGCUAAAUUGGCCUACCUGGCACAGGCACAGGGGCCCACUGUGUUAGGGCCUCCCCUGAUCUUCACCUGCAAAAUGUCACUCAAAUAAAAACGUACCAACCAGGAAGAGACUUAAAAAAACCCCAAAGACAUGC